AUGGUCGGGUCCCAAAUGGAACAAGGCGACGUCACGCCUGGCUCUGCUGAGCUUGUGGUCGCUCAUAUCCGUGGCCAGGGACUUCAAGGGCUUCGCUGCGGGCACUUCCCUUGGUACGGCAUCAAAGCUGACCAAGAUAAAGACCGAUACCCAAGCCGUCUUGGCUUCUUUCACACAAUGGAAUCUGAGGAACGAAUCAGUUACCUCGAAACGAACAAAUUAUGCAUUGAUUGCCUCGACAUAGUCGUACCGGAUGGCUUCAACUUCUGGUCUAUGAUUGCCGAAGCCAGGCACAACACCAACUCUUCUCGUGAUGCCCUUGGUAUAUCUCCACUAGCAGCACCUCCGUCACCAAGAAACUAUCCCCCUCUAUUCCAAGUUACCGAAAGCGUCUCGGUAACCAUUCCCAUCCCAGACGUUCCUCAGGCCAAGGCGGCAUGGCAGUGGCUACAAAAAGAGCGGAAGCCCUUUUACAUGGACCAGCUGCACCUGACCAAGAAGUUGACGCCGCUGGCCAAAAGAACUGCUGAGACUGACGCUACGAUUGCAAGCCAUCACGGUACGUCUUUUAGUCACAGACAAACUCCGAAGCCUGCGGUUCGGUCUUGCCUUGGUCAGCCAACAGAGCCAGUUAGUGGGGGUUCUGCGAAGAUGCCAGGUCGCAGGUCGCAGUCAAAAAUCCCCGUUGAGACUAUUGAUGAUGCUAUACUAUCAAGUUGCACGCCCCUUGGGAAUAGCCCUUCACUCCUUGACAGGAAGAUUGAACCCUCAAGCUCGUCACACGACCCUAGUGAUGCACCUCCAUAUCCGGCCAGCACGGCGUCUCGGAGUCGUUCCGCAAGCAGCGGACACUCUUCUAGAGACAGCAAAGAUCUGUCUCAAUCAAAAACUAGGGCAUCAUCCAAAGCCGUCAAGUCGGGUAAACUUGUCCAAGAGUCGACCAAGAAGAAGGCCAAGACAUCGUGCUCCCUCCCAACCGCACCCGCAACCAGCUCAGUAUCAAUUCCUCUCGAGCAAUCAAUUAUUGCGGACAGCCAUGACAAGAAGAAAAGUCAAGACCCAUUGUCCACAGCCGACAGGUUGAACCUAUCUUCCACAAAGUUCACGCCCUCCUCUCCAACGAAAGAUGCGGUCGUGUCAACAGCAGGACAAAAGAGUGCUCCUCAUGGGCUCAACAUCCUUGGACAAGGACAAGAAGAAGCCAUCAAGGAGACUCCCAUCCCAGGCUUGCCACCAUCAGCGGCACUGGCAAAAAACAACUCAACACGCCCAAAGAUUGAAAAUGUCGCCCCGUACAAUAGCCUGGUGUUGUCGGCGCAGCUUUUGGCCAAGAAGCCGUCGUCUAAGCCACCAAAAGCCUCUGCCUGUCCGACCCAUACCAGGCACUGGAGCCAGCACAGCUCAACACACUUCUUCACCCUAGUUACCGAGCCUGAUCCAGAUGUAUCUGCGUUUGGAAGUCGUACAUUGCUCGAAUCGCUUGAAUCAAAGAUUGAUCGCGGCAAGAAGCGCGAAAAAUCCAACAGAGAAUACGGUACAGGAUCUGACAAGGCCACUGCCAAAAAGGAUACAGGCGCCAAGGAAAAGACUGUGGAUAAGGGAAUGGAUGGACGACAGGAACUCGCAAAGGGGAAAAAAGGAGCCAAAGACGAACCUAAGAAGGAGAAGACUAGGAAAGAGAAGACUGAGAAGGAGAAGACUGAGAAGGAAAAGACAACUCACCAGGCCGGCAGAGCUCCAUCUAGUGCAACUCGCGGAAUUGCGCUACCAGCCAAGCCUGAAAGCUCAACAAACCCUACGAAAGAGCACAAGCUCAUUGCCAAACCUGAUUCCAUGUCCAAACAUCACAACAGACCGGUGAAACCGCACUCCACCAAGCACGCCAAGGCGGCAGGUUCGACAGAGACUCGCGGAUUCGAUCUACGGGGAAAGCACGGGUCCGGCCGCUCUAGAAGCAAUAAUCAGCAAGAAAGUGCGCAGAGUGAUACAAAAAAAGACAAUGGGAAAACACCCAACCAUAUAAAGCACCGUCAUGGCCAUAAAGAGGGGUAUAGAGAGAAUGGCGCCCCUAAUCAGAGCAUUCUUGAAGACCCAAGACCUUCCACUAAUGGCACUCGAAAUUCUCUCAAACCAAGCGACAAACCCCAAGACUCGGAGGGUAAAAAUAACAACCAGGGGGAGAAGCCCCAAGAACCAGAGGGUAAAAAUAACAACCACGGCGAGAAGCCCCAAGAGCCAGAGGGCAAUAAUAAUAACCAGAGCGAGAAGCCCCAAGAGCCAGAGGGUAAAAAUAACAACCAGAGCGAGAAGCCCCAAGAGCCAAACAAUCAGGGCGGGAAGCCCCAAGAGCUAGAGGGUAAAAACAAUAACCACGGCGAGAAACCCCAAGACCAAGAGGGUAAUAAUAACAACCACGGCGAGAGGCCCCAAGACCCAAACAACCAGGGCGGGAAGCCCCAAGAGCCAGAGGUUAGCAGCCAGGCCGAGAAACCCCAGGACCCAGAGGUUAGCAGCCAGGCCGAGAAACCCCAGGACCCAGAGGUUAGCAGCCAGGCCGAGAAACCCCAGGACCCAGAGGUUAGCAGCCAGGCCGAGAAACCCCAGGACCCAGAGGUUAGCAGCCAGGCCGAGAAACCCCAGGACCCAGAGGUUAGCAGCCAGGCCGAGAAACCCCAGGACCCAGAGGUUAGCAGCCAGGCCGAGAAACCCCAGGACCCAGAGGUUAGCAGCCAGGCCGAGAAACCCCAGGACCCAGAGGUUAGCAGCCAGGCCGAGAAACCCCAGGACCCAGAGGUUAGCAGCCAGGCCGAGAAACCCCAGGACCCAGAGGUUAGCAGCCAGGCCGAGAAACCCCAGGACCCAGAGGUUAGCAGCCAGGCCGAGAAACCCCAGGACCCAGAGGUUAGCAGCCAGGGCGAGAAGCCCCAAGACCCAAAGACGGCGAGCGAGGGAUCCAAGGACCCAGAGGUUAGCAGCCAGGGCGAGAAGCCCCAAGACCCAAAGGUUAGCAUCCAGGGUGAGAAACCCCAAGACCCAGAGAGGUAUAAUAGCAACCAGAGCAAGGAAUCCAAGGACCUAGACGGCAAUAAUAGUAGCCAGGGGGAGAAGCCCAAGGACCCCGAGGGUUAUGAUAGCGACCAGAGCGAGGGAUCCAAGGACCCAGAGAGCGAGGGAUCCAAGGACCGAGACGGUAAUUAUAGCGACCAGAGCAACGAGGUUUCGUCGUCCGUCUCAACCGGCCCCGAUAACGAGGCCGAGCCCCUGGAAAAUGAGGGACGGCGGCUAUCGCCCUAUAUCAUCCGGCGUCAACUCAGUCUCUUAGCUGCUAAAAGUGGUUAUAAAAGCCACAGGCGCAGUUCGUCCAGAUUUAGUCACAGUUCUCGGUCCUCAAAUGGGUCUACUCAGCCACCCGGACAAGGCGAUUUUGAUAUGGCGUACGAUAAUGGCAGGACGUCACUGCAAUCCAGUUCCCAAAGAUUAUCUUCCAAAAUCCACGGCUGGGGCUCCAAAUCUCGUCGUUCAUCCAGUUCUGAGGCCAGUGACGAUGCUAGUUCUGAUGGGGCCAACGAUGAGAACGAUGCAUCUUCAGACGAUGAAGGAAAUGACAGUGACAGUGGCAGUGACAGUGACAAUGACAAUGGAAUCACCGACAAAGAGGAUAAAAAGAGCGACGAAGAAAGCGACGAGGACAUCAUUAGCAAUGACAGCCAGCCAGAUGUGGAUGAAACGAGUGGUUCUGAGAGCCAUAACGGCAGCGACGACAGCGAUGGCGGAAAUGACUCUGACAUGGGUAGUGAUGGCGACUCUUUGCAUCGCGACAUGAGCAGCAACUAUAACGAUGAGGAUGGCGGUGAUAAUUCCGAUAUCGACUGGAGCAAUAGCGGGCAGGAUUCUGAUUAUGAUUCUGAUAGUGGUAGAAACUACUAG